CAGAGAGUUAUAUGUAGGUGUAUGUAUAUAAAUCUAGAGAGAGAAAGUUUUGGAGGGAGAGGGAGAGAUUUGAUCCAGAUCUUUGAUUAGUGUAAGCAAUGGACGUUGGAAGGCCUGUCGUAUCAUUUCAACUGUGGAUCUGUGGCUCUCUUCUUCUCGUCACCCAUGGAUUCUGCUUCUACCUCCCGGGUGUCGCCCCCGAAGAUUUCCUAAAGGGCGAUCUUCUAAAGGUGAAAGUCAACAAAUUGACCUCUACUAAAACACAACUUCCCUAUUCCUACUAUUCCCUUCCUUACUGCAAGCCAGAGAAAAUUUUGGACAGUGCAGAGAACCUUGGGGAAGUUCUUCGGGGCGAUCGUAUUGAGAACUCCCCUUAUGUGUUUAAAAUGCGAGAACCACAAAUGUGCAAUGUUGUAUGUCGUGUACCACUUACUGCAAAAACUGCCAAGGAAUUUAAGGAAAAGAUAGAUGACGAAUACCGCGUUAAUAUGAUUUUGGAUAAUCUUCCUCUGGUUAGGCCCAUACGAAGGGCUGAUGAGGAUCCAAUUGUGUAUCAAUAUGGCUUUUAUGUUGGUCUUAAAGGACAUUAUGCUGGAAACAAGGAUGAGACAUAUUUUAUCCACAACCACUUAACAUUCACAGUCAAGUUUCACAAGGAUACACAGGCAAACUCUGCAAGGAUUGUAGGAUUUGAAGUCAAAGCAUUCAGUGUUAAACAUGAAUAUGAAGGCACUUGGAAUGACAAGACUCGCCUAACAACUUGUGAUGCCCAUGCAAAACGCCUAGUUACCAGCUCCGAAUCUCCUCAAGAGAUUGAAGAUAAGAAAGAAAUUAUCUUCACUUAUGAUGUUGAAUUCCAGGAGAGCGAGGUCAAGUGGGCAUCUAGAUGGGAUACAUAUCUUCUGAUGUCUGAUGAUCAAAUUCACUGGUUCUCAAUUGUCAAUUCUCUGAUGAUUGUUCUAUUCCUCUCUGGUAUGGUAGCUAUGAUUAUGCUGCGGACGCUCUACCGCGACAUCUCGAAGUACAACCAGUUAGAGACUCAGGAAGAAGCCCAGGAGGAGACAGGAUGGAAACUGGUUCAUGGUGAUGUUUUUAGGCCUCCGACAAAUUCAGAUUUGCUCUGUGUUUACGUUGGGACAGGUGUUCAGUUUUUUGGAAUGAUACUAGUUACCAUGAUGUUUGCUGUUCUUGGAUUACUCUCCCCUUCAAACCGAGGGGGCUUAAUGACAGCCAUGCUCCUACUUUGGGUCUUCAUGGGCCUGUUUGCUGGGUACUCCUCAGCUCGUCUCUACAAGAUGUUCAAGGGAACAGAGUGGAAGAAAAUAACUCUCCGCACGGCUUUUACGUUUCCUGGAAUUGUCUUUGCUAUUUUCUUUGUACUGAAUGCUCUUAUUUGGGGUGAGAAAUCUUCAGGGGCAGUGCCAUUUGGAACCAUGUUUUUGUUGGUAUUCUUGUGGUUUGGCAUCUCAGUUCCACUUGUUUUCGCUGGUAGUUAUUUUGGGUUUAAGAGACCAGCAAUUGAGGAUCCCGUGAAAACGAAUAAGAUUCCAAGGCAGAUACCUGAACAGACCUGGUACAUGAACCCGGUGUUCUCUGUCCUGAUUGGAGGCAUACUACCAUUCGGUGCUGUUUUUAUCGAGCUCUUUUUCAUCCUCACCUCAAUCUGGUUGCAUCAGUUCUAUUACAUUUUUGGCUUCCUCUUCAUUGUUUUUGUGAUCCUAAUUGUUACGUGUGCUGAGAUCACAAUCGUGCUCUGCUAUUUCCAGCUGUGCAGUGAGGACUACCUUUGGUGGUGGAGGUCAUACCUGACUUCUGGGUCCUCAGCACUCUACCUCUUCCUUUACGCAGCAUUCUAUUUCUUCACAAAGCUUGAGAUCACAAAGCCUGUGUCUGGCAUUUUAUACUUCGGGUAUAUGUUGAUUGCCUCGUAUGCUUUCUUUGUCCUCACUGGUACCAUCGGCUUCUAUGCAUGUUUCUGGUUCACAAGGCUUAUAUACUCAUCUGUGAAGAUCGACUAAGUGUUGCAAUUCGGGGGAAAUGAUUGGGUUAUAUCUUCUCAAGGAAACAUCAAUCCCGUUAAUACCACUUUGGAGUAGAAAAUGUAGGCUACCCUUUGUUACAUCUACACUUACUGUUUGGGUUAAGCUUUAAAUUCUUAACCAUAGAAAUUGUUUUUUCUUUGUUCUUUUUGUAUUUGAAGUUUAGGAUGGUGACACUUUGGAGGAUUCUCAAGCAAUUUCUUGCCCUUGAUUCAUACCUGUUUCAUGGAUGUUGAAAGGAAUUCUUGUAUCGAAAUUCAUAAUACAUAAAUUAGACCAAGUAUAGCUUGUUUGUACAACCUUUUUGGUUAAUGUUGUACAUACACUUUGUCAUU